AUGAGGAAGGAUACAGUCCGGCUGAUGCUUGUCGAGAGAGUGGCGUUAACCAAUCUACUAGUCUUUCCCGGCAAAGGUCUAGCAUGCGAUUAG